AAAAACAUCAAACCACAUCAUCUCAUCCAUCAGUACCCAUUUCUUUCCAGACGCCCUAGCCUCGAACAGCCCGUAUUCCACCAUGAAGGUCUCCCUGGGCGUUGCGGCAGCCUUGGCAGGCCUGACAACAGCCCUCCAACCUCAACCGGCCGACGUCUACCUGCUCCAGUCGAAGCCCGCGUCGAGCUCCGAAGCCCCCUCCAUUCCAAGACAGCUGGCCCGCCUCGUGCUUCUCCAAAGACUGGCCCCGGAAGGUGGUGUCGGCUCGCUGGACGAAAUCCCCGAUGGCCUCUCCGACGAGAGGGCCGUCGUCUACCUCAACCAGUUCGGCAAGGCGCCGCAGCCGCUCUUCGACGACGCAGCCGCCUCCGAGCCCUCCCAGCUCCUCAUCAUGCUGGAGGGCAUCACGGCCGAAGCAGGGCAGAAGUUGAAGGAGGCCCUCUCGGGACUUUUCCCUGCGUUCCGCGUUUCCGAUACGCCUUCGUCCGUGGCGAACCGCGACUUCAUCCAGCAGGACCUUCUUUUGGCCGGCGUUUCCAAGUCCGAGUGCGAGUUGGAGACGGCAAUAAACCCUCUUGAGGAGGAGUGCUUUGAUGGGAAGGCUUCCGUUGCUUCAUUUGACGUGAAGAAGGACCCUUCCGUCCUGUCAUCCCUCAUCGACAACAUCGCCCGUCUCCAACGUCUCGCAGAAGUCGGCGAAAUGGAAACAACCCUCCUCCUCCUCCCCGAGACGUCCCGCACCUCCUCCCUCAACGCCUGGACCUCGAAACCCAGCUCCGCCCGCCGCCAACUCGCCGAAGAAGUCAUGGCCUCGUCCGCCGCCGAAGACGACGAAGACGACGACGAACAACUCGAAACCGGCACCUCGGCGGCCGCCGGUGCCGGUUCUUCCUCCGCUCUCUUCUCGGCCGUCAGCGGCAAGGGCAUCCCCGCGUGCUUCUCCUCCCAGGACAGCUGCCAGUCGGCCACGGGCAACUGCUCGGGCCACGGCGCCUGCCAGCCCAAAUACGCCGGCUCGUCCAGCUGCUUCACCUGCCACUGCGAGUCCACCGUCUCCGAUGCCGGGUCGACCACGCACUGGGCCGGCGCGACCUGCGCCAAGGUCGACCUCAGCGCGCCGUUUUGGCUCUUCGCCGGCUUCACUAUCCUCAUGCUCGGCGUCGUUAGCCUUUCUCUCACUAUGCUCUUCAACCUUGGCGAGGAGAAGCUUCCCGGCGUCAUCGGGGCCGGCGUGUCCAAGUCGAAGUAGGGGAAUCGUCUUGAACGGGCGGAUUGUCCGGGGGGCGUGCGUAGGGGGUCGCCAGCCAUUGAACUGGUCGAGUUGCGUAGGAGGUAAUCGGGGGGAACGGGCAUCUGUGUACCAUAUCAUAUGGGGUUGUAUUUCUCAUCAUUGGCGUUGAUAUUGGACGUCGUCUCAUGAAUCGAGAGUUCCUUUUUUCUUUUCCUUUUUUCCCUUUUUUCUUUCUUUUUUUGUUAAAGAACGACGCCAGACAAUGCGUAACAGCAUCCAUGUGUUCAUUCCCCCCGCCAAAUGUAUGAGGGCACCAUAAAGAUCAUUUUAUACAUCAUGCGCGAGGCUGAAUACUAUUAUACAUCCGACGAUCCAUCACGCCUCCUCGCCUACG